AGCAAGAAAGGGUGGGGGAAGAGUGCUUCACGAGGAAACAGAAACGGUCCUGCCUUGGCAAAUAGGUGUGUUCCAGGUGCCAGGGUGUCUCCCAUGGUGUUGACAUAAGCGUAGAUAAUAAUGAGAAACAAUUCAGCUGAGAAGUGCAAAGGUCGUCGGGAUUGCAGAGGGCGUUACGGUCCCCACGUUGUGAGAUACUACUGCCGUCUGCUGAGGGGUUGUAACACCUGUGAGAAUGGGCCAAGUUCUGGUUUAAAGCGCGAUUAAGAUGUAUCGCUCUCCUUUUCCUUCGCGAAGUCAGGAAAUUCUUCGGGGUUGGUUGGGUGUUGCCAUGUUUCACAGUUGCUUUAUAGACUUAAUUUAUUCUGUGGCAUUUAGUAGCUUAUUAGCAAAGCUCUCGCUAACAGCUUAACAGAGCUAAUAUUUCCUUGGUGUAAAAGUUGGCAGAUCCAGACUGCUUUGCCAGUCUGUUUGCUGGAGCAGAUAGCUUUCUUUUUAACCAAACGCUACACACGUUAAAAGAGAGGGCCCUCUAAGCUGUUUGUGUCUCUGACUGUGACACUAGUUGCUGUGAAGUAUCUUCACAGAAUUACUUUGUUAAAACUCUUUUACAACUAACCUUGGGGGGGCUCGGCAGGAAUGAUGAAAUUCAUAUUACUUACAGUGGACCUGGCAACUAUAGGUGUUUGAAUCAUGUGAUGAGAAUGGUACUGUGAGCGCUAGCUAGGCUGAAGGUAGCUUUCAAAACGAAAAUCUCAGUAAGUGGGCAAUUGUGUCUGUUUGUUUGUUUAAAUACGCAUAUAUAUUAGCGGGGUUACUUAGCAUAUAUGUUGUGACUUAAUUCACAGACUUGGCAGUCCACUUUCAAAAACUUGAUUCCUUAACUGUGUAAUGUAUCAGACUUAGAAGGAAAAUGCUAUGAAUGUUGAGGUUUUUUAAUUAUUUGACUCUGAAAUUGAUUUUAAGCCCAUUUGCUUGCAUACUGGGGCUCAGAGACUCCAGAAGCUGUUACAGGUAUCAUAAACAGCUAUUCAUCUUCUCCAGGCAGCUGCAGUACAGCUUGCUUUUUUCCAGAAAAUUAAAGCCUGAAAUAAGCAGCACAAGAUUUCCAUUUUCUCAUUGCUGCUUUUCCUAAUAACACACAAAAUGUUUCCUACUCCACAUACUUUAAAGGGUAGGGGUGACUUGUCCCUUACAUGUACAGCAAUUUUCAGACCCUAUCUGGGGGGAUUAUUGACUAGAAAGUACAAACAAUUGCAUGUUUCUAUUGUCUCCCUUUAAAAGGUUUGGUGAUAGCAAUUUGUGUUUUAAUUCAUCAGUCACGUGCAAUGUAUUCAUUCUUAAGUGCUGCUUAGUAAAUGUGAAGAAAAAAAAAAAAGUUCCCAGAUUUUUAAUAUCCUUUUUUCUGAUUAUGUUACUGUCCUGUUGCUCUGCAAAAGCAGUCAUAUGAUGACUAAGGCAUGAAAAGUAAUCCUGUGGAUUUUGUUGCAGAAGCAGUUUGUGCUAAUAUGGUCUUGAAGCAGCCUGCCAUGAUGCCUUUGGUGAUGUAACUCAAGAGGAGUAUAUUAAGGGACUCUGUGAACCUGAACUAGAAGAAAAGGAGUGCUACCCGAAGGACAUGCACUGCAUCUUUGUUGGUGCACAGAGCCUGUUUCUCAACAGCCUUAUUCAGGACACCUGUGCUGAUAUAACAGUGCUGGAAAUAGGAUUGCUUAGUAUUAAGGGGGGUGCAGAAGCUGUUGUCAUGGCUCAAAGUCAUGUUCAGCAGCUUGUGAAGCUUUUUGAGAAUAAUGAAAGCUUAUUAAGUGACAAUGAAUCGGAGAUUAAAAAGCAAUUCAGACAGUUUGUGGAAGCACAUGCAGAUAAAUAUACAAUGGAUUUACUGAUUUUGCCUAGCUCACUAAAAAGAGAACUCCUAGCUCUCACACAAAUGGAAUGUUGUGAAGUGGAGAGCAAUAUCAUAGAUCUUACAGGUUCUGAAAGCCCAACAGAGCUUUUACAGAACAAAGCCUCCAAAGUAAUCGCUACAAACAGAGAUGGAAGAGCAGGUGGUGAGGAAGCAAGAAACAAUGCUGGGACACCUGUAACUGAGCUUACAAAGCAAAUGGACACUGUGUUUUCUGAUGCUCCUGAAACAAGUUUUAUUCCUAUAAAUGUUGUGCCUCUGUUAGAGGCAGUGGUGUCUAAAGAAAGGCAAUCAUGUAAAAGAAGAUCUUCUGAUGAUGAGGAAAGGCUCCCUAAAAAGCAAUUCUCUUUGGAAAAUGAUCAGGAAGUGAAAUCUCCUUCACACAGUAAUCCUUCAGACAGCAAUGUAGUUAUUGAUCUGCUUUCGGAUAGCUGCAGUGAAUCAGAUGAACCCAGUUAUUGCCUUAAAGAAGGUGAUGAUAUCAAUGAGGAAAUGGAAUAUAAGAUCCUUGUGAACUUUUUCAGAACAAUGGGAUAUUCCCAAAAUAUUGUAGAAAAGGUUAUUGGUAUCCUAGGACAAUCUGUGGAACCAUUAACAUUGCUAGAAGAAAUCGAAAAGGAAAAUUUAAAAUUUCAAAAAGAACAGGAACAGUCAUCUCAAAAGCCUAGAACUAUCAAUCCUCCUUUGGGAAAUAAUGCAAAUAAUUCACAAAAGCUAGAAGACAAAGGCAUUUCUAGCAAUAAAAGUCCACUUAAAUCCAGUCAUAUUUCAAAGGAGACAAAAAAUAAGUAUCACAAAAUAAGAGAUGCACCAAAUGUGCAAGUUGAUGAAGAAGAUAAAAUGCAUAUGUUGGUAUGCAAACCUGCUUCUCCUUCCAGUAAAAAUUCAGCUAUGUGCUAUAAACAAAGAGACAUUUAUUGCCCUGGUAGGAAUCUCAGUUCAAGGUCAAGUGAUAUAGAAACUGAUGGUGGUGUAACUUUCAGCACUGUACGAGCUGGAGCUCUAAAAGAUGUUGAUUUUGUAGCCAGAGGGAGCUCAGAUAUGGAGCGUAUUUCACCUAAGACUAAAACUGCAGUUCAGCAAAAAUCUGCAGGGCCCUCAACUGUACAGAAUAGUCAUCCUGGUUUUGAGGACCAAUUAGGACACUGCAGCUCUUCUCAAGUGAGAUCUCUCAACCAAUGCCUUUCCCAAACCUCAAAUUCUGAAAAUCCUAUCCCAGACCAGGUAUUGUCUUCACAAAUACAUCCUUCAAAUCCUGAUAGAGACACAGUGGGACCACACAGACAUCAUCCUGAUCCUUCAGUUACUGGAGUUCAAAGAUUUUUGGAAUCUCUGAAAAAGCCAUACAGAUUGGAAUUGAAAAAUGAACCUGGGAAACCAUAUUUAAAACAUAUCAUUAUUGAUGGAAGCAAUGUUGCAAUUUCUCAUGGUCUAAGGAAGUUCUUCUCCUGUCGAGGAAUCGCAAUAGCUGUUGACUACUUUUGGAAACGUGGCCACAGAAAUAUUACUGUGUUUGUUCCACAGUGGAGAACAAGACGUGAUCCUUACAUUACAGAGCAGGAUUUCUUAACACAGCUGCAGGAUGUUGGAAUAUUGUCUUUAACCCCUGCAAGGAUGGUUUUAGGAGCAAGAAUUGCUGCUCAUGAUGACAGGUUUUUAUUACACCUUGCUGAUAAAACUGGAGGUGUUAUUGUGACUAAUGAUAACUUCAGAGAAUUUGUGACAGAAUCACUUGCCUGGAGAGAAAUUAUUCAAAAAAGGUUGCUCCAGUACACUUUUGCUGGUGACAUAUUUAUGGUUCCUGAUGAUCCUUUGGGAAGAAAUGGACCUAGAUUAGAUGACUUCCUUCGAAGUGAAGGCUGUUCUAGAGAUUUUUGGUCAGCACAAAAGGCUUUACAGAGCAGUGGACAAUAUUCUUCUGAGACACCUUUCUUCGUACCAGUCCCCAAACCAACCAGUAGCAGUCGACAGCCUAAAAACAGAGUACAUGGUGAUCGUUCAUCAACAUGGCUUCCACUGGAAACAAACAUACAGGCUUGUCUGGCAAUUCCACCACAGAGAUCUGCCUCAGAAACAGUACAGCUAAGAGAAGCACUGAUAAAAAUUUUUCCUGAUUAUGAGCAAAGACAGAAGAUUGAUCAAAUACUAGCUGAUCAUCCAUUCAUGAGAGAUCUUAAUGCACUGUCUGCCAUGGUGCUUGACUGAAUAUUAUACAGGGGUUUUAUCUCACAACUGAUCUUGACUAACUUUGAAUACCAAUGUGAAGAAAAAUGCUCUGUUGUUACUCUGUGAAUAUUCAGAACCUAAUUUUAUUUGUAUAAACAAAGGUAUUUUUUGUGUAUGUUCUGUUGCUAAUAGAUGCCAGUUUUUGGUAAAUUAAAAACUGCUGCUACUACA